AUGCCAUGGAGCCGACUUGCACAGCCCCUGGCAUCCUCUGCCCGACAGGGCCUGUCCAGACCCCUCAAGUAUAGCGGAAGAUAUGUGCCGUAUGGGUUGAAGCGGUUCAACUCUUCCAGCCCGCAGAACACGGGCCAAUACACACCUGAUCCGACUGACCAAAAUGACGGGGACGAUGACAAGGGCAAAGGUCGCAAGAAUGACUCUGACCCCAAUUUGAAGUCCACAAUUCUGAAAAUGCUUGAGACGGCAGCUACAACCGCAGCGUCAAUUGCAAUUCUGGGAGCGGCGGGUUAUUCAUACCACCAAUACUACAAGUACUUGAUCCUGGAUAAAAUGGACAAUGCAUUUAAACCAGGUGAUCCAGCCCUUGAGGUUGCCGGAGUUGUGUCCGGAAAGCACCAGUACCGCCAUGAGGAACACUGGGUUGUCAGAGACGAGCAGCCUCACAUUGAUGACAUUGUAUCCGGGAAAACUAGUGGCCAUUACUAUCUGAUAAUCGGCGAAAAGGGCACUGGAAAGACCUCCAUGCUCCUUGAGGCCAUGCGCAAGAUCAACGGCAACGCCUGCGCAAUGUUUGAGGCUCACGCCGAUUUGGAAAUCUUCCGGAUUCGACUGGGCAAGGCUUUGGAUUACGAAUUUCACGAAGACUAUAUUGGCAGUUUGUUCAGCAUCCGUGGCCCACGGGAUACUACGGCACUCCUAGAUAUCGAGCGAGCUUUCAACAAACUGGAGAAGGUCGCGUUAGCAAGAAGACGACAAGGCUCGCAGCCAUUGAUCCUCAUCAUCAAUAGCACUCAUCUGGUUCGGGAUGAUCAUGAUGGGCAGGACUUGCUUGAGAUGAUCCAACAGCGCGCAGAGCAAUGGGCCGCGAGUGGCCUAGUCACAACUAUCCUUAACAGUGAUGAUUACUGGGUCUAUGAGCGGCUGAAGCGCUACGCGACUCGUAUGGAGGUUGUUCCGGUGACCGAUUUACCCAAGGAUAAGGCGAUGGCUGCGUUGAAGAGAUACCGCAAGCAGUUCUGUCACGAAGACCUGCCAAGUUCAGUGCUCGAGCAGGUUUACGACAGAGUAGGCGGUCGGCUUUCCUUUUUGAACAGAGUUGCCAAGUCUCCAGACGUGAUGAAGACCUGUCAAGAGAUCUGCCGCGCCGAGAAAGUCUGGCUCCUCAACAAGUGCUGGAUUCUCGGUAAGGAGAUGGAUGACGAUGUGAUGGAUGAACAGAAGUACUCGUCUGCGGCCAUGGUCCUCGCCAAAGCCUUGGUUGACCUUGAAAACAAAAUGGAACAGAUCUACGACCCUGAAAAAGGUCACAUUCUCCCAGAGAUUCCUCUUCAUGAAGCCCGUGAAAUCAUGACCCGGGCCGAUUUUAUCCAGUCUUAUGAUCACGAGAAUAUUUUCACCAUUGAUUCACGUGCUAUGGUGCGCGCGGAUUCUGUGCCCAUGCAGCGUGCAUUCCGCGAGAUCUGCGCAAUCGAUGGAUUCGACAAGCACUUGGAUGGAACUCUGGAGCGCAUUGGUGACAUUGAGAGUCUCGGCCGCACGCGUGAGCUGACUAUCAAGGACCUAUGGGACCAAGGUAAAUAUCGGAUCGUGGUUAAGGACCCUAAGGGACGGGAGAGCGGGACCGUAGAAUUCGCUGUGGCCGAGCGUGAAGCUGGAGAUGAGGAGGAGGAUUGA